AUGACCUGGCAAACCGAAUUCUGGUCAUGGGUGUCGCCACCCACAGUGCAGACCGCUGAAGUCCCAGCCGUCGGCCAAAAGGCGCCCUCCACGUCCAAACUCACCAUACCAGCACAAGAUGGCAAGCCAACGAUCAUCACCUUCCUCCGACACUGCGGAUGUCCUUCCGUUUCGCACAGCGACCGAGCGGCUACGGACCGCUGGCUUGCAUCGUUGCCUGAACCGGAGAAGAACACGCAACCUAACCUCAGCAUCGUUGUUGAUGCAGAACGCGAAGCGUAUGCCGCGUGGGGCUUAGGCACGUCCAGUCUGUGGCAUGUGCUAGGUAGUAUACCUGGUACGAGCAAGUUAAGCAAAGAGGGCAUUAGUGUGAGGCCGACUGAGAGUGGGAGUCGGUGGCAGACGGCGGGCAAUUUUGGGGUUGAUGCGCAGGGGGUUGUGAGAUGGAGUAGGGUUGAUGGGAGGGCGGAUGAUAUGCCUGAUUUUAAGGAGGGGGUGGAUAAGGUGAUGGGUGGGAAGUUUGAGACGGGGGGUUUUGCUGAGGCUAUGCAGGGUUGA